ACUAACUCUUAGAUAGCUUGCAAACAUUCCAACACGAACACAGGGUCAAAUUCCACGUCACAGUUUUCCUGUGGCUCUGUGUGCUCAUUCAGCACUACAACUCCACAGUCUGUGACCAACAGAAAAAGGAGAGCCAUUCAUGGAAAAUGUCUCUGCCAAAACAUUCAGCAGCACACUUGAUCCCACCUCAGACUCUGACUCGGCUGGCACAAGAGUGGCUGGCAGAGGACACACCAAACUUUGACCCGGCGGGAGUGUGUGUGGGGUCACAGGAGGUUGAGGCAAGGUUGCUGUGUAAAACACCACACAGCAUCCUGGCAGGUAGCCCCUUCUUCACAGCAGUGUUCACUGAGGUCGGUUGCACCGUGGACUGGAUUUACCAGGAAGGAGCUGAGAUCGGCCCAGAUGCCAUCACACUGACUGCUGUGGUGAGAGGCCCGGCAAGAUGCCUCCUCCUUGGGGAAAGGCCGGCUCUCAACUGCCUGGCCCGGGCCUCAGGGAUCGCCACCCGCUGUUCUCAGCUCCAGGCAAUGGCAAGACUGGGAGGCUGGCAUGGAGAAGUGGCUGGUACACGCAAGACCACCCCGGGCUUCCGUCUGGUGGAGAAGUACGCCAUGCUGGUUGGCGGCGUGUCCAUGCACAGACAGGACCUGAGUGGAAUGGUGAUGCUGAAGGACAACCAUGUCUGGGCAUCAGGAAGUAUCACACAGGCUGUGAAAGCUGCCCAGUCAGUGUGUGGCUUCAGCAGUAAGAUUGAGGUGGAGUGCCGCACAGCAGAAGAGGGCAGAGAGGCGGCUGGAGAAGGAGCAGACAUCGUUAUGCUGGACAACUUUCAACCUCAGGAGCUCCAUGUUGCAGCUCGUGCACUGAAGGAGGAGUUUCCAGCUCUACUGAUAGAAGCCAGUGGAGGAGUGACUCCAGCGAACUUGGCUAUGUAUUUCUCACCACAUGUGGACAUCAUUUCCCUGGGCUGCAUAACACAGGGCUGCCCAGUUGUGGACUUUUCUCUCAAACUUCAAAAGCCUGAUGCUCACUCAAUCCUCCAAGAAUGACGGCCACCAGAAAUAGGAUGUACAGACAGUUGCUGACUAAAGCAACUAGCUGAUUGAAUGACAAAAUGUUGUGAGAUUUUGUUCUGAUGAGUUCAUUUAUUACCCAGAACAACUGUGAUUACAGUGAUCUACUGUUUCUGAGGAUUGAGAAAUAAUUCAUAUCCUGAUUUCUCCCCGUGUCAACAGUCAUUUGAUGAGGAUUAAAAGGAGAAUAGAAA